AUGGCUGCCGGCGAUGAUCAGGAGAGGGGGAAAAAACAGGACGAGCAGAAAAUCGCUUUCCACAAGCUUUUCUCCUUCGCCGACAGGUACGACGUGGCGCUUAUGGCCGUCGGGUCCAUCUCCGCCGCCGCCAACGGCGUCGCCCAGCCGCUCAUGACGCUCUUCUUCGGCGAGCUCAUCAAUUCCUUCGGCGGCCAGGAUCGAUCCCGCGUCGUGCAUGAAGUCUCCAAGGUAUCUCUGAAAUUGGUGUACUUGGGACUCGGUGCCGGUUUUGCUUCACUUCUACAGGUUUUGUGUUGGACUGUAACCGGUGAAAGACAAUCGGCCCGCAUAAGAGAGCUAUACCUGAGAACAAUAUUGAGACAGGACAUUGAGUUUUUCGAUACUCAGACGACAACUGGUGAGGUUAUCGGGAGAAUGUCGGGGGAUACAGUCCUUAUCCAAGAAGCCAUGGGCGAAAAAGUUGGUAAAUUUAUUCAGAACAUGUCGACUUUCUUUGGAGGCUUUCUUCUUGCUUUCGUCAAAGGAUGGCGCCUAGCGAUUGUUCUGUUUGCAACUAUCCCGGUUCUUGUGGCGGCAGCUGCUUGUGUGAGCAUAAUCAUCUCGAAAAUGGCAACUCGUGGCCAAAUUGCUUAUGCCGAGGCUGGGAAUGUAGUCGAACAAACAGUUGGAGCAAUUAGAACGGUUGCAUCUUACACGGGUGAGAAAACCGCUUCGGAAAAAUACGACAGGAAACUAGAAGUAGCUUAUAAGUCUAUUGUUAAACAAGGCUUAGCUUCUGGCUUUGGAGUUGGCAUGUUAGUUUCGGUCAUCUUUUUCACUUAUGGGCUCGCUAUAUGGUACGGAGGAAAGUUAAUACUCGAUCAAGGAUACAGUGGAGGCCUCGUCAUAAAUGUCGUCAUGACCAUGAUGACUGGCGGCAUAGCACUUGGCCAGACUUCUCCAUGCAUGAACGCAUUUGCAGCGGGCCGGGCCGCAGCCUACAAGAUGUUUGAGACUAUCAAACGCAGGCCCAAAAUAGACGCGGCCGAAGAUAAAGGGGCUGUUCUGGAGGAUAUGAUUGGCGAAAUCGAGCUGAAGGAUGUUUAUUUCAAGUAUCCAGCUCGGCCCGAAGUGCAGAUAUUUUCGGGAUUUUGUUUGCACGUGCCGAGCGGGAAGACUGCUGCCUUAGUGGGGCAAAGUGGGAGUGGGAAAUCGACAGUCAUCAGCCUAGUCGAGAGGUUUUACGAUCCGGAUGCUGGUCAGGUUCUGAUCGACGGCUUGGAUUUGAAGAGCUUGAAUCUGAAGUGGAUCAGAGGGAAAAUCGGGCUCGUAAGCCAAGAGCCCAUUUUGUUUGCGACGACUAUUAAGGAGAAUAUACUUUACGGCAAAGAGGAUGCUAGUGAUGAUGAGAUAAGGAGGUCCAUCGAGCUUGCUAAUGCUGCUAAGUUCAUCGAUAAGCUCCCACAGGGUCUUGAUACGAUGGUAGGAGAACACGGCACUCAACUCUCUGGGGGUCAAAAGCAAAGGAUCGCAAUUGCUCGGGCCAUUUUGAAAAAUCCGAAAAUACUUCUUCUUGAUGAGGCAACGAGUGCUCUGGAUUCCGAGUCGGAACGUAUAGUCCAAGAAGCUCUUGAUAAUGUCAUGACCAAUCGGACGACGAUAGUCAUUGCACAUCGGCUGACUACCAUAAGAAAUGCGGACCUUAUAGCUGUUGUGCACUCGGGGAAACUUGUCGAGCAAGGCACACACGCCGAUCUAAUGGAAAACCCGGAAGGAGCAUACACGCAGCUCGUCCGCAUGCAAGAAGGGUCCAAACAACCCAACACCAAUAAUAACAAGCCAACCGAACGACACAAAACUGAGCCCUUUGCAGUCUUGGACCAAACCCUAAGCAAGUCCUCGAGCCACAGAAUAUCGACACGUAGGUCCACGAGCAUCGGGUCAUCAUCAAGGCACUCGUUUGCCCUGCCUCCGCACGGGGUCCCCGGUUUCAUCGACUUUCAAGAGCCUCAAGAAGCAACCAAUACAAACGAAAUCCACAGAGAUGAAAACCUCGACUAUAAAGUGCAAAAACGGACGAAGGUCUCGAUCAGGCGGCUCGCCUCCUUAAACAAGCCCGAAAUCCCGUUCUUGCUCUUAGGUUCGUUGGGAUCUAUGGGGUCUGGGCUUGUGUUCCCCUUUUUCGGGCUCUUGCUGUCAUCGGCUAUUAAAAUAUUCUUCGAGCCCCCACACGAGCUGAGGAAGGAUUCGAGAUUUUGGGCCCUGAUGAUGGUUCUUUUAGGGGUGAGCACGAUCGUGUCUUAUCCCGUGCAGAAUUAUUUCUUCGGGAUUGCCGGUGGGAAGUUAGUCCAAAGGAUUCGGUCUUUGACUUUUAGAAAAGUCGUGCACCAAGAGAUCAGCUGGUUUGACGAUCCUGCUAACUCAAGUGGUGCAGUUGGGGCGAGAUUAUCGACAGAUGCGGCCACCGUAAGAAGCCUGGUCGGAGAUGCAUUGGCGCUAAUAGUCCAAAAUAUAGCAACGGUUUUUGCGGGGCUCGCCAUAGCAUUCGCUGCAAACUGGUUGCUAGCCAUCAUAGUUUUAGCCAUUCUUCCCUUUGUCGGUUUUCAAGGCUUCUUGCAGGCCAAAAUCAUGAGAGGAGGGUUAUCGGCUGAUGCCAAGAUAAUGUAUGAAGAGGCCAGUCAAGUAGCGAACGAUGCUGUAAGCAGCAUAAGGACCGUGGCUUCUUUUAGCGCCGAGGAAAAGUUAAUGAAAGCGUACGAGAAAAAAUGCUCGGCUCCCCUGCAACAAGGAGUUAAAGUUGGUAUCAUAUCCGGAAUUUCUUUGGGAAUCGGCAAUUGCAUGCUCUAUUUGGCGCAAGCCUUUUGCUUCUACAUUGGGGCGCUCCUAAUUCAACGAGGAAAAGCAUCGUUCGGAGAAGUAUUCAAGGUAUUUUUCGCGCUAACAAUGUCGGCCACUGGGCUUUCUCAAGCGAGUGCGAUGGCUCCAGAUGUUAACAAGGUGAAAGACUCGGCAGCUUCCAUAUUCGAGAUACUCGACAGCAAACCCAAAAUCGACUCGAGUAGUGAAGAAGGGACCACGUUAUCCAUUGUCAAGGGUGAGAUCGAGCUCCAGCACGUGAGCUUCAAGUAUCCGACUCGUCCCGACAUUCAAAUAUUCAAAGAUUUUUGCCUAAGCAUUCCUUCCGGGAAGACGGUUGCUCUAGUAGGAGAGAGCGGAAGCGGGAAAUCGACGGUUAUAAGCCUGAUCGAGCGUUUCUACAGCCCCGACUCGGGCCGGAUCCUCCUAGACGGCGUCGAGAUCCACAAACUCAAGCUGGGCUGGCUCAGGCAGCAAAUGGGCCUCGUGAGCCAAGAGCCAGUCCUCUUCAACGACACUAUCCGGGCCAACAUUGCCUACGGAAAGUCGGGCAUCGUGACAGAGGAGGAGGUCACGCGGGCCGCCCAGUCGGCAAACGCGCACGGCUUCAUCUCCGGAAUGCCGCUCGGUUACGAGACGAGCGUCGGGGAGCGUGGGGUCCAACUGUCGGGAGGGCAGAAGCAGAGGAUCGCUAUUGCCCGGGCUAUUCUCAAGGAUCCGAGGAUUCUGUUGCUGGACGAGGCGACGAGCGCACUGGACGCCGAGUCAGAGCGCGUGGUGCAGGGAGCGCUGGACCAGGUGAUGGUGGGCCGGACCACUGUGGUGGUGGCCCACAGGCUGGGUACGGUAAUGGGGGCCCACGUGAUUGCGGUGGUGAAGAAUGGGGUUGUGUGCGAAAAGGGGGCCCACGAAGCGCUGAUGGGGAUGGAGGGAGGGGUUUACGCCUCGUUGGUUGCCCUCCACGCAAGCGCUGAGUAA